AUGGAGAAUUGUCGAAGGAGCCUACCGGUCCCGGAUUUCUGCCGACUAGCCUUGAAGCGUUUGAACCAGGUCACCAUAUUAUUCAAGAGAGACGCUAAUGUCACGUUAGUUGGAAGCUACGGUUAUUGUUAUUUGCAAAUUAAGAUGCCUCCUCGUCGUGAGACACGCAACUCUGGUCGUCGUAAUGGUGGUGGACCAAAUGAGCCUGAUCCAAAUAUCGUAGCUGCUAUCACUCAGGCCUUUACUGCUGUGCUGCCUACACUUGUUCAGGUCGUACGUGGUCCUGAUCCGAAUCCGAAUCCUAAUCCAAACCCUAACCCCAAUCCUAAUCCGAACCCUUAUCCCAAUCCUAAUCCGAACCCUAAUCCCAAUCCAAAUCCAAACCCUAAUCCAAACCCAAACCCAAACGGUGCAACCACUCCAAUUGUAGCAAGGGAUUGGAUUGCUCAUAUUGAGAAAAUAUUUCGGGCAUUAGGAGUUGGCGAUGAAUUUAAAUCGAGAUUAGCAUCGUAUAAACUAGAAGAAGAUGCCGUGGAUAAGAGUUCUUACACACGAGAGUAUCACAAUAUCCGUCAGAGGAUUGACGAACCACUUUCUGACUUCACUGAUCGAUUUUAUCGACUAGUUGGAUUUCUUGGGUCAGCUGCUGGAACACCAGAGGAACAAGCAGAGAAAUAUCAAUGGGCAGUUUGUGAUCGGAUUCGUAGAGAAAUCAUCCAGUCAAUGUUCCCCACUAUUGAAGAGGGCGCUAAGGCUGCCAAAAAGGUUGAUAUAGAGAACAAAGAAUUUUUGGGUGGUUCCAAUAAUAAUAGGAAGAGAAACAGAGACGAAUACCGCACUCCGUUCACUAGUGAGUCGUCUCAAGCACCUACUCGAAAUAAUCAAAACAAUAUGAGGAAUAGGUCAUCGGGAAGGAAUAAUAGACCAUGGCAGGGAAGGAACCAAAAUCAGGGUCAGAUCAAACCCUACCAGCCACCAACCCAAGCUCAACCCGUAAACCAGAAAGGUAACCCGAACCUUACCCAGCCUCCAGUGUGUAACCAUUGCAACAAAUGUCACCCAGGCAUGUGUCGUCGACUUAUUGGGGCUUGCCAUAAGUGUGGAGAUAUGGGGCAUAAGAUUAGUGAGUGCCCAAAGGCUGGUAACCGACCAACUGAUACCACUAGGGGAGCUACUGUGCCACCUACUACUGGAGGGCGUGUUUUCUUAUUGACUGCAGGGGAAGCUGCUAAUGCUCCAGGUACCGUUUCGGGUAGUAUUUAUUUGGGCGAGCGUGACUUAUAUGUGUUAUUUGAUACUGGGGCAACCCACUCGAUAGUCUCACAACUAAUUGCCCGGCAUCUAAAAAUUUCACCUUCCCCAUUGGAUCAAGCUUUAGUUAUUUCUACACCAAUGGGAAAUCCUUCAGUUAUUACUCACGUCUAUAAAGAUUGCCCGCUUGUGGUCGGAAAUGUUAUUCGUAUAACGAAUCUUUAUCCCAUGCAAAUGGGAGAUUUUGAUGUCAUACUAGGCAUGGAUUGGUUAUCCAUGCAUCGAGCUACCAUUGAUUGUCACUCCAAACGAGUCAUUUUUGGUGAUACUCUGAAUCCUGAAUGUAUUUAUCAAGGAGCUCAACCUCGAAAAUCCAUUAAAAUCAUCUCUGCUCUGAAAGCUAAAAAACUUAUAUCCCAUGGAUGCGAGGGAUUCUUAGCUGCUAUUAAAGAUACCUCAGUGGAUACACCACGUGUCGAAGACGUUCCUAUUGUUCGAGACUUCUUUGAUGUCUUUCUAGAAGAAUUUCUAGGGAUACUACCUGAACGAGAAGUAGAGUUCACUAUUGAUUUGAUUCCCGGAGCUGAACCUAUUUCUAAAGCACCCUAUCGUAUGGCCCCAUUUGAGUUGAGGGAAUUGAAAGAACAGCUGCAAGAACUUUUGGAACUUGGAUUCAUUAGACCUAGUGUUUCACCUUGGGGAGCACCGGUUUGUUUGUGA